UCACCCAUCACCGACAAACCCCACAUCACACCCAUCACCCACAAACCCCACAUCACACCCAUCACCCAUCACCGACAAACCCCACAUCACACCCAUCACCGACAAACCCCACAUCACCCCCAUCACCCACAAACCCCACAUCACACCCAUCACCCAUCACCCACAAACCCCACAUCACCCCCAUCACCCAGACCGAUGCCCCCACGACCACGACGGCGUGGGGGCGCGCCGCGCUGCGCGCCCCACAGCCCCACGCCGUCAUCACCCACCACAGCCAUCACGGCGCGCACACCAUCACCACCACAACCAUCAGCUCAUGCCACGCGCUUGCCAGCGACGGACACCCCAGAUGCCGCACCUGCCACCACCACCAGCACCACCAGCAGCACCACGAGCAAGCUACACCUACAGCGGGAGCUGGGACUCAUGAGCGGCGCGUCUCUCAUCGCCGGAACCAUGAUCGGAUCGGGCAUCUUCAUGUCCCCCGGCUGGGUGCUGCGCUACGCCGGCAGCGCGGGCGCCAGCCUGCUGGUGUGGUUGGCCUGCGGCGUGCUGGCCACGCUGGGCGCGCUCUGCUACGCCGAGCUGGGCACUCUGAUGCGGGAGUCGGGCGGCGACUACAUCUACGCGCUGCGCACCUACGGCCCCGUGCCCGCCUUUCUGUUCGCCUGGAGCUCCGUGCUGGUCGUGCGCCCUGCCAGCAUCGCCGCGGGGGCCCUCAGCUUCGCACGCUACGCGGCCGCCCCCUUCUACCCCGAGUGCGGCGCCGCGGGCCCCCCGCCGCUCGUCACGCGCUCGCUGGCAGCCGCGUGCGUCGUGGCGUUGACGCUCGUCAACUGCGCGAGCGUGCGUCUGGCCGCGGGCCUCCAGAACGCGUGCACCGCGGUGAAGGUGGCCGCGCUGAGCGCCGUGGCGCUGGGCGGCGUGGUGCUGCUGGCCCGCGGCGCAGCCGUGCACGGUCUCACGGACGCGUUCGUGGCCGUGUCGACGUCGUCGGUGUCGAGUGACGUGUCCGGGGCCACCAAUGAUGACGCCGAUGCAGCCGCGGCUGCAGCCGGUACGGCCGCGGGGCAGUCCGCGGCGUCGACCUCGUCGAUCGGACUCGCCUUCUACCAGGGACUGUGGUCCUACGACGGCUGGAACAACUUGAACUUCGUGACCGAGGAGCUGGGGAGACCCGAGGUGACCUUGCCCCGUGCCAUCCUCAUCGCCCUGCCCAUGGUCACGCUUCUCUACCUGUUCGUGAACAUGAGCUACCUGGCGGCGAUGACACCCGCAGAGAUUCUCUCCUCCAGCGCCGUCGCCUGGACGUGGGGCGCUCGAGUGAUGGGGGCCGCUUCGUGGCUGAUGCCCGUGGCGGUGGCGCUCUCCACUCUGGGCUCGGCGAACGGGAUGUUCUUCUGCGGGGGCCGCGUGUGUUGCGUGGCGGCCAGAGAAGGGCACACGCUCUCCAUCCUGUCGAUGGCCCACGUGCACCGGCUCACCCCGGCGCCGGCCCUGAUGUUCACCGCGCUGCUCUCGCUGCUCAUGGUCGCCUGGGGAGACUUCGGUACAAUCGUCAACUACUUCAGCUUCACGUCCUGGUUUUUCUACGGCAUCACCGUCUCCUCGCUGCUCUACCUCCGCUACGUGAGACCCGACAGCCCCCGGCCGUACAAGGUCCCCCUCGCGGCGCCGGUGCUCGUGGUGAUCACGGCCGCGUGCCUCGUGCUGGCCCCCAUCCUGGAGGAGCCGCACAUCGAGUACCUCUACGUGGUAGCCUUCAUCUUCAGCGGCCUCCUCUUCUACGUGCCCUUCGUGCACCUGGGCGUGCGCUACGCGGGCAUGUCCCGCAUCACCACCCACCUCCAGCUGCUGCUGCAGGUGGCGCCCUUGGAGGUCAACAGGGACUGACGACGCGUUUCCACGGCUGUCGGGAAGCAGACCCGAGCCGCGCCGAGACGGCCUGGGGACAGCAGCGGCCUCCGCUCGUGUUGUUGUUGACGCACUUCUAAGGGCCGUGCGCCUCCGUUGUUCUCUGCCUCUCUCGUGCUCUCCGUUCCCCCCCCCCCCACAUCCUUUCUCUCUAUGGCCGGAGGGAAAGGGUCACAAUUUGUGUUUUAGCAAGGUGUAACGUAUGCUUGGAUUCAAUCACGCCAUCCUAUGCCAACAUGUAUUGGGUGUUUUAUGUACUUUUCCUGCCAUGUUUUCUUUCUAACAAAAACGUUACAUUGAUUAGAUUAUUUGGCUGCUAUAAAUUCCCACACGAUAAGCCACUUUCUUUGAGCUAUCAUUUGUGACCAGGUCGCUUUUGAAAAAAAGAGCUAAUAGCUCGGUGGGCCUUACCGAGUAAAAUAAAUAGUUAGAGUCUAUAUUGACCUCGGCGGGAAAUGCCACUGACCCAGUGUCUCUCUUAUGCCUUGUCCCCUAUGACAUAUUUCAAGGGAUGGUUCAGGUGAGAGCAUGCAGUUCCUUUAGGAACAGGAGCCACGCAGCCAAAUUCAAGUGAGUCACAGGGCCACAAAGCCACAGAGCCAGGUUAAGUACUGGCUUGGCCCUGGGAAUUCAAGCUGAGCCCACUCGCCCAGUUCAUAUGAACUGAGCUGGCUUGCUUCCCGGUGGCUCUGGGGAACGUGGAAAAUAAGGCUCUGUCACGUGGGGUGGGGGGAACUCCCACAUACGCAUAAUCUAUAACAUAACUGAGGGGCUUCUAUUUCGGUGGCUUAGACGUCCGCGUCACGAACCGAGUCACCAUUGCCGAGAUCCAUGGUUGCAAUUUUGGGCCCUCUUAUUGAAAAAAAUUUAAUGAUACUUUGGGAUGCUCCUGCGCGUUGGCAAUUACUUGUUGAUUCGGGUCUCUUGUGGAAAAUAUAUAUUAAGUCCGAAUAGGUUCUCACCGUUUCAAUAACGGUCAAGCAAUGGGGUGGAAAGUCGAACCGUGGUGAAGAUUCGAGUUUGGGAAACCUGCCCCAAGUAAAACCAGAUGCUCUGAAUUGUAGACAAGUGACGAAUCGCAGCCAAGCCACCAUUCACUGUGCACACAAAAGGUAAAAACGUAUCAAUUUGAACGUCAUAUAGUUAAGUCCAGAUACGUUUUCGUGGGCUGACAAACAACUUAAAGCUGUAGAAAGCGCAGCUGCUCGGGUACGAUAGGUCCUUAAGGGAUUCUGGUCUGCACUGCCACGUUUAAGACAAAAAAAAAACAAAUCUCAGUUGUUGAGCACAGGCUGAGAGGCCCAAAACGCUCAGCGGCCAGCAACAAAUAGGUCUAAUAGAUAACAUUAUUAUUAUGAUAAGGACUUAGGGAAAAAGACGAUGGGAGGGAAUUCCAGAGUGGAGCAGUGCGUGGGAAGAAGCAGAAAGAGAAGUGAUGUGACCUGUAGUGUAGUGAAUGAGUGGGAGAGUGAGUGUGUAGUUGUGACCUGCAGUGUAGUGAGUGAAUGAGUGGGAGAGUGAGUGAAUGAGUGGGAGAGUGAGUGAACGAGUGGAUCAGUGAGUGAAUGAGUGGGAGAGUGAGUUAAUGAGUGGGAGAGUGAGUGAAUGAGUGGGAGAGUGGGUGAAUGAGUGGGAGAGUGAGUGAAUGAGUGGGAGAGUGAGUGAAUGAGUGGGAGAGUGGGUGAAUGAGUGGGAGAGUGAGUGAAUGAGUGGGAGAGUGAGUUAAUGCGUGGGAGAGUGAGUGAAUGAGUGGGAGAGUGAGUUAAUGAGUGGGACAGUGAGUUAAUGAGUGGGAGAGUGAGUGAAUGAGUGGGAGAGUGAGUGAAUGAGUGGAACAGUGAGUGAAUGAGUGGGACAGUGAGUUAAUGAGUGGGAGAGUGAGUGAAUGAGUGGAGGAGUGAGUGAAUUAGUGGAGGAGUGAGUGAAUGAGUGGGACAGUGAGUGGGAGAGUAAGUUAAUGAGUGGGACAGUGAGUGGAUGAGUGGGUUAAUGAGUGGGUGUUCAGUUGUGACCAGCAUUACGGUGGUGAAAUACAGUCAGUGUUUAUAGACCCCAGUCCUCAAAAUCGAGUGAAUUUCAUGGAAACUAUCCAUGAUGUAGUGUUACUCUCCAGCAAAUGAGUUGCUUUCUGUUGUACAUUAAUUAAUCGUGGAGUUUAUAUAUUGGUGGGGAAAGGAAAAUACAUUUACAAUAUUCACACAAUCGACCACAGUAUGUCACGAAAUAUCUGUUUUCGCUGUCGUGGAACCGAUGACUGACCCUGAUAACUCCCUAAAAGUGAAAUGAUUCUAAUCUCCUGCACGAAACGUUGCAUUAUUAAAAUGUUGCGCAACAUUUAAUGUGUUAAAGACUGCAACUGUGCUGCUUCUGUCGCGCAAUAGUUGCACAGUACCGAGCCGACAAUAAUUAAAAUCGUUAGGGAUGCGUUAAAUCAUUAAUUAGCAGGGGCUUGUGCAAGGCCGACGCCCGCCCUCCCCUCUUGCCUGGAUGGCUGGCCCAGGCGGGGCACUUGAAACCCGGCGGGGAUCCAGGCAAGAGAAGGCGCCGGCCUUGGCCCGUGAUAUACAGUUUCCAAAUGUAUUUAAAAUUAAAUUAAAUUUUAACUUUACUGUGAUAACCCACGUAAGCUCACUGAACCCAGUACUAUGUAUUACAUGCGUAACAACAUGCACAUUAACGACUUCGAACAAAGUUGCUAUUGUAUUAUUGGUUCGUUCGGUAAAGUCACGUAGAAGGGAAACAAUACAAUAAUAAAAAUAUAAAACAAUAACAUUCUCACGACGUUUCGAUUGCAACACAAGCAAUCAUCAUCAGGUGUGAAAACCAUGCUUCACAACCACAUGAUGAUUGUGUUGCAAUCGAAAAGUCGUGAGAAUGUUUUAAAUAUUUUUUAAUUAUUUUAUUGUUUCCCUUCUACG